AUGACCUAUCGGCAUUUGAUCCAUUUUUUUCAGAAACUUGACCAGGAAGACAUUGUAAAUCCUGUCAGCAAAGUAUAUGAGCAAAGUUUUUCUAAUGCAUACGGUGUCAGAAAGAAUGGCUUUCUUUCUAAAGCAAAAAGACCAUCUAAGGAAAUAGUUGACUUUCCUGAAGGACUGGCUGAUUUUUAUGCUGCUUUGGGCCUAACAGAUGUUCAUGUCGAGAUGCUUCAUGUUUCUGAAGAAUUAUUUGACAGAUAUCCACUUCAUUCUCAAUUAUUUACCUUAACUCAGUCAUCCUCUUACAGUUUGCCUUUGCCCACUCACCCUCUAUCGGCAUCUUUACUAUUACCUCAACCUCUUCCUACCAGUAGGCCAUCUAUCAAGCCGAUAGAUCACUUAGGCUCCUCUCUUGGUCGUGCUUCUCCAUUCCUGCGGACGGCACAUUCAUUCCGAUAUCAUGUUCAUUUGAUUGACCUUGUACAAGUUAUGCUGCUUUUUCCAGAUGAUGACGCAACCUCCGAAAAUUAUCAGGCCUCUGGUGCCUGCAUAAAUCAACUGUUAUUUUCUUACGCUUAUUUAUUGGAGUCCCGUUCGCAGACUGAAAUGGCCUCUUGUUCAUCACAAGAAUCUUAUUCUCAUCCACCAUCUACAGUGCAUAUAAAGGAUCAGCUUCAACCUUCGGUCAACAGUUUUAUUUGCACAUUAUUAGUCUCAUUCGGACUUGUCUCUACAAGCACAUCUUUGGCGCACGAGUCACUUCUGGAUAAUCCUUACACUGGCCUAUAUUAUAUCAGGUUUUAG